AGUCGUGUUUUCCCCACCCGGGGCGCCCGUCAGAAGCAGCCACCACACUCAAAUUCACGUAAAAACCCCUUCGAAACAAGAACGAAAAGCCCUCCAAAACCCUAGACUCCGCAGAUUGAGCGGACUACCAUUCCGGCGAAAAUGCCCGGACUCGCGUCAGAUUCCGGCGAAUCCUCUCUUGUCCCAUUCGUACCGGAAAUCCCGAACGCCGUCGUCUACCCGCUCCACCACGGCCUCCAGCCUCCGAUCUCUCGCCUCUCCGUCUCUUGGUCCCGCGGGAACUACCUCCGCAUUUCGGUCUUCCGUAAGCCCCCUUCCGACGGCGACGACAGUGAAGUCGGCGGGAAAGUGGUGGAAGUGCAGCUCGGCAGUGGAGAUGGCGAGAUCGACGAUGCGCACCGGCGAAGGAUCGCCUACGGCUCCGUCUCUCCGUUUGCCCUUCUUCAGAGCCGGAAGCACUCGAUGUCAUCGUUGUCAAAAAUGUCGGCCGGCUCAUAUCCCUACGAUACCGAGUGGUGGGAAUAUGUUAUGGAGUACAGCAGUGACAUAAAAAUUCUUCUUGGUGGCCUAAAGUUGCCCCCUAGUUCAGCGAUAGAAGAUCCGAAGGCAGUUCUAAAGAAAGUGGAGGAGCCAACCAGCUUGAAAGCUGCAUGGGAAUUGAUGGAAAUAUUUUAUGCAGACAAGCAAUCUCAAGCUUGGAUUCCUGAACGGCUUCUUGAUUGGUUAGCUGAUUAUGAUAGCUUAUUGUCUAGCACUCAACCAACAAUUCACUCAAAACUUGUCAAUUUUCAACAAGAGCUUUCCAGCUUGCAGGCAAUGGAAGAUGAUCCGAAAUACUGGGAAGCAAUAUCAUCAGCACUAGCUGUUGGAUGGCUGGAUAUUGCGGUGAAAAUCUUGCGCUUGCAUGGAUCUUAUCAGCUUGAUCAGCUUGGAAAUCGUGAGACAGAAAAUGGACUGGUUGAAGCAGUUGCAGUUCUGAUUUCAAAGAUGCCCCGUAUGCGUCCUGAAUUAGGAGUUGGGAAAUUAGGGAAUUGCUAUAAUACCAAGCCUGACUUUAUUAAGGCAUGGGAGAAAUGGCGGGCACAAAUAACUAAGCUGGACUGCAGUGCAUUCUGGGUUCAGUGUGACCACCGUCAGACCAGGGAGGGCUUGAAAAAUUUGUUACAGAUCAUGCUUGGAAAUGCUACUGCUCUCUCCUCCUCGACAUGCCAUUGGAUGGAACUAUAUAUUUCUCAUUUGUUAUACAUUAGACCUCUAACUAUGGGUGUAGAGAGUAUGUAUGGCCUAGCUCAGAAAUGCAUGCAGUUAAAGCCAAUGUCUUAUUCACAUAAGUUGAUGGGACUUAUGAUUGGAAUUCUAGGAGAAAAUACAGAGGUUGUGUUAGCAGAAUGUUCAAAAUCCUUUGGCCCUUGGAUGGUUGCCCAUGCAGUAGAGUUGUUGACAGCUGGAAGCACUGAAGCAGAAAUUCUUUUACAUGAAGAGCGCUAUAAUCUGGGAGGAAUCAGCAUGGAGGAGCUCCAUCGACUUGUCUUUGCUCAAGUUCUGUCUUCACAUGCAUUAACUUGGCAAAUUGCUCCAAUAUACUUGACAUCAUGUGUGAAGCAAGGAAUUAGCUUGUUGGAGAUUUUACUGUACAAGCAUCCAGUACAGCAUAAUCAAAUACUUCUUAAGAACAUAGAGAUUUGCCGUCUUUAUGAACUUGACCAUGUUAGUUCAAAGAUAAUGAAGAUUGCCGGAGUGCACCACUGGAAGCAUGGAAAGAAAGGUUUUGGAAUCUUUUGGCUUCAACAAGCUCGGGAUGAAGUUCGUUUAAACAGAAUUGCGCAACAGCUGUUUGAUUUUGUGGGCAAGUCUGUAUCUGAUGAAGGUUUUAAGGAAUGGGAAGGAUUAAUAGAAUUGUUGGGUUCCGAGUCUAGGACUGCUGGAGGUCUCGAGUUUCUGCACAAGUAUAGGGAUUUCAAGAGAUCACUUCACCAGGUUCAUGAUGGAAUCUCUACUGACGCUGCCCAAAAAGCUGCAGAAUCCCUUAUACAGCUUAUGAAGAACCCUUCUACACCUCAGCGGUUUUGGCUGCCUCUGUUAUAUGACUCGUUAAAAUUGUUAAACUGGAAAGGUUGUCCUGUCCUGAAAGUCUCCGAGACUAACCUUUUGCUGAAUAAGCUGCAAGAUUUGUCCAUGGCAAGGCCGCGCCCAGACUUCAUUGAGGCAGACUUGCCACCCCAGGCCUUGAGCUCUGUCAGGCUAGCUCUUGCAACUAACCUAGGCCGUGCUAUCCUUGAGGAGUGAUGAUUCUUGGCUUGUCCUUGUAAAUUUGCAGGUGCUAAUGCAUAGCCAGCUUUUCUUCAAGGCUUGAUCUUUGUAGGGCAAAAACUUGUAAUUAUCCGUUCUCUCACUUCUGCUGCUGCCAGGUCAGUUCGACUGUUCACUCCUUUGCCAAUUAUGCUGCGCAAUGGGGGUUAAAUGUGUCUCCCCUUUGAAGGCGCUUGGCUCCUUUUCCUGUUCACUUAGCUGGCCAAAAAUUGGUCACUGGGACCAGCUGCUGGUAAAACUGGGAGAAGAUAAAUCUGUGUCAACCUCUGCGAUUUAGCUUGCGACCUUAUUUUGUAAUUGUUUCAAGCAUUGGAAAAGUAUGUAUGAAAAUAAAACUUUUGAGAUAUCGCUUUGUUUGAGGUUCAAGUGUUUUGGUGAUGAUCAGUUAGGUUUUCAA